UGGAAAGAAUUAAUCAAUUUUAGUAACGCAUCAAAGGCCUCGGCAGCCUACAACAGCUUUGCUUGUCACGAUUUUGGCAUCUUGAGCUCGGAGCCUCUUUCAUCCAGUAUCUGUCCUGCGUGGGAGAUUUCAUCCCUCUACUAGUAAUAUGUACAUCCGUGGCCCCUAUCGGUCAGCAUCUUUGAUUUCGCUUAGCGGGCCGCUGCCACGUCGGGACAGAGAGGCCAUGCCCCGCCCAUGCAUCGCGGCCCCGAUGGACAGCCCAGAGCUGUGCCUCAACGUCCGAGCUGCGUAGAGCUCGGUCGCCCUCUUCCUUGGGGGUCCUGGCCGCCGACGCCAGGGGGCAACCCCAGAGCAUGUGAACAGUAGAAUGAAUUUAAUUCAUAAAGCAGUUCAAUGGACCCCCAGGGUUACGGACAAGUGCGGCGCAAGAUUCUAGCCCGGACUCGGACACAAUGGCACGCUGUGCUUCUAUCCUUCGUCCUCAUCGCUUGCUUCCUGAUGGUCAUCAUUUUUCUUUACUACUGGAACGAAAGAAUGACGGGGAAGUCCAAGGAAUUUCGCCCUCAACGCCUCAGGGGACCCUUUGGACUUGCGGAGACUUCUGGGCCAAAUAUUGAAGUGACAGAUGAACGUGGAAAAAUAAUACCGCAGGCUAGAGCAAAGGUCGAGCCACUGCCGACAACGAUCACCGAGAGAACGGAGAAGUACACGGGCGAGUACUUCGCGCCGCGUCUGGUGGCAACGGAGACCGCUUCGGCGGAGUGUAACACACCAGUGUGCCGUGUCCUCCACAAGUGGUUCGUGUCAACGGUGGUCUCUCAGGCAAAUCCUUGCCGAAAAAGGAACAGAUUUACCUGCGACAACUCAAUGAGCUUGCCCCAUUUUGGACCUUCAGUUAAUAAGGUACCUGCCGUCAAUAGGAAACUCGCAAGCACCGAAGGUACCGAGGCAGUAGCCAACGCUAUGGCCGUCAAAUCGCAAAGCAAGAAGCAGCCACAAGACAGCAACCAACUGCUCCAGUCGUGCUUUCAGUACGCAAUGACGCAAAAAGAGGGUGUGGAAGACCUACAGCUGUUCCUGUCACACUUCAACCUUGAAUUUCGCAACAUUGUUGAAGACAGCAAAGAGUGCCCGUUGACCCGGAUGAUGGAGCUGUCACUAGAUUAUGGUGUGGAUGUUCCGGUGUCCUUCACGAGGAAGCACAAUGUCACUGGGGAUGGUUCGCAAGCAUUUGUGCUUCAGAUCAACCUAAACCAAGAAGUAAACGAAUUUUUCAUGGCCUUGGAUGGCUUGGAUGAAACAGAAGUGAAGGAGUUUUACAAGCUCUGCCUCAGCCAGUAUGCUCUACUCCACGACACUAGCUUUGCAGAAGAGCUGAUAGACGCCGACGAUGAGAUUGCAGACAUUGUCAACCGACCGGCUAAUCCCAAUGGUCUCGCAAGCAUAGACGUCGCGGCCUUGUCCGAGCACACGGGUGUUGCAGCAGGUCGAUGGAGGCAGUUGUUGGACCUGUACCACAGUCGUUCACAGGUCGGUCAGCACGGCAACGUCACGGCCGACGAGCGCGCUCUAGGCCUGUUGGCGUACAUGUUGCGACCCGGCGACAAUUUGAGAAUGCGGCGCCUCUUGGCGUGGCACGUCCUGCUCUACCUAGUGGGCCCGAAGGCGGAGGUCCUGAAGGCACUGCAUGGGACGCAGGGAGAACGAGGUGCCCCUCACCACGACGUAUUCGUGGGAUAUGCAAAACAACGGUGCGAACGCAUGAUGACGAAAUUGGAUGGCGUCCGGUACCGAGCUAUCGACAUCUUGGAAGGUGACGUUGCCGUUCCUGUCGAGAUCAUCGCUAAAGUGGCAAUAUUCAUGGCCCAGUUCCAGAGUGCGAUGGCUUUCGUCUACAGCAGCUCGCAACAAAACGUGACAUUCGCCUCACCUGCAGUCUCAAAAACAACAGCUCCGGUCACUGCUGAUAAAGAAGUUGGGUUGUUCCCGAAACUGACGUCCCAAAAUGUAACACUCGGCCAGCUUUUCACGGCCGUCAAAGGUGUAAAACAGGACACUGGAGGUCGCAAAGAAGAAGAGGUGACUGAGGCAGAUCGCAGCUUCCCUCUUCUCUGGCUGCGACAUCUCCGAGCGUGGUAUGCCCUGCCACCCCUGGUGCAAGCCUUGCUUCCGGUCAUGGUCUCCCUGGACAACGAGCGGCCAGCAUCCUUUUUUCGGCUUCCCUACUACGAUGUCCGCGCACUGCCAGCUUACAAUUUUGCUGGCCUUGGUCAAGUUAUAGCUCGCGCGUUUGUUCACCGCACCAAAGAGUUGCUGAGCAAGAAUCCAGCCAUGAGUGAACGCGGGAACCGUUUCUGGGGAGCAGCCGCUGUCAUCAACCCUGGCGCCACUUACUGCCUGGUCAACGGCCGGAAACAGAACGGCAUUUCCCGACAAAGGACUCCAAACGCCACAAGAGGUUCCGAGCGGGCGAUGUGGGACCAGGGCUCCACCUUGAAGUUGAGCUACCUGGCCUUCUUGAGAUCGCGUCACGCGAAUGCCAGGACGUCUAAACCCAUGGAGCGGCUACCGGGAAUCCGCCUCUCCCGAGAGCAACUCUUCCUCACAAUGCAUUGCGCCCUAAGCUGCUCCAUGGGAGUUGGCAACGACACCACCGCCCGACAAAUGACAACCCGCAAUAAGUGCGUAGUGGACUACACGACGACACUGAAGCACUUCUUCCCCGGGCCGUGUGCGAAUUCUAGAAGAAUGAAUAACCUGGACGAAUGUAGCUACCUCUAGGCUGCUAUUAAAAAUUUGCGAGAAUUUCACAUGGGUAUACAUUAGCGUUGCUUAAAGGAGAAACUAGUCUG